AUGUCUUCCCCACCUUCACUCAACACUUUAAAACUCUCUGGAACAUCCAGUAUCUCGCCUCCCAAGCAAAAGGGCAUGACCAAGCUCGACCGGUCGGCUUUUGAUAUUUCUAUCGACAUCUUAGGUGUCAUUGUCGAGCCCAGGGAUGUUACCAAAAUCAGAGCGCUCCGACCUGUACGAGAGCUGUUAUUGGAGCUCCCCAAAAUCAGACCCAUCACCGACUGCCCUCCAGACCAGAUCCCCGCCUCUUGCAAAGACUCUCAAAACCUCAAAGUGCUCUGGCUUAAUGUCGCUUCCUUCGAUGAUAUCGCAGAGGAAACUAGGGCGCUUCUGGAGCAGUAUACCAAGGGGACAGCGAGGGACACUGUUGCUAUGGGGUAUGACAACUUUGGGCCUACCGAGAUCUUGGAAGCUUGCCUCCCGACAGACAAAAGCGACGAUUUUCCUUCAUCUUUUACUACCACCGGUCAUAUUGGGCAUAUGAAUCUGCGAGAAGAGUGGUUGCCUUAUCGAUUCCUCAUCGGGCAGGUCAUUCUCGACAAAAACCCAGCAUUGAGAACGGUGGUCAACAAGCUGGAUACCAUCCACGCCCAGUUCAGAUACUUUGACAUGGAGGUGAUUGCUGGUGAAACCGACUAUCUCACCACCGCCAACGAAUCCGGCUGUUCGUUCACAUUCGACUUUUCCAAAGUCUACUGGAACUCGCGUUUGCACCAUGAACACGAACGGCUCAUCUCGCUCUUCCCGCCCCAGUCGCUUGUUGCGGAUGUCAUGGCCGGUGUCGGACCUUUUGCCGUACCAGCGGCCAAGAAGGGGUGCUAUGUCAUGGGAAAUGACUUGAAUCCGGAGAGUGUCAAGUGGAUGCGGGAGAAUCGUCUGCGGAACAAGGUCGAACCGACGUUGAGAGUGACAGAAGUAGACGGCCACGAAUUCAUCCGAAUCGCCCCUCUCCAGGCAUGGACCGACCCAUUCGAGCCUGCCCUCCCACCUCGUGCGCCGAACCGUAAAGAAGCACGUGAAGCCCGCCGGAAACGUGAUGAGGCUAAAGCGCAGGGCUUGCCUGCCCCCGUGGAGCAAGAGACAGAACCAAAGCUGCCACCAGCGCCAAAGUUGAUUUCGCACUUUGUCAUGAACCUCCCCGACUCGGCGCUCACCUUCCUUGGGAACUACAUCGGGUCGUACUCCCCUUUGCUCUCGGAGCCUACUUUUGUGGAGCAGUAUGGAGAGGCGGGAGAGGAAAAGGUGGAGCUGGGUAUGGUGCAUUGUUAUUGCUUUACCAAGGAGAUUGAGCCGGAAAAGGCAGAGGUUGAUAUCUUGCAGCGAGCAUCUCAUUAUCUCGAGUACGACUUGACCCCACAAGCUCAGGAUUACAAUCUCCACCACGUGCGGUCGGUGGCGCCAAACAAGGACAUGUAUUGUCUCUCGUUCAGGUUGCCGAGACAGGUAGCUUUUGCAUAG